AUGCUUGCAUGGAAACCUGUCUUCAACCAGUCCGGCUCCACGGAGUUUGUGUUCCGUGUGUUCACCACAGUUCCUGAAUUACAGUUUCUUCUCUUCCUUCUCUUCCUCCUUCCCCACUUAACGAUCAUCUGUGGCAACACAGCCAUCAUCUGCGUGGUAUGCACACACAGCGCCCUCCGUACCCCCAUGUAUUUCUUCCUGUCCAACCUGACCUUUGCAGAGAUCUGCUACAACACGGUUGUUGUGCCCUUGAUGCUUUCCAACAUUUUUGGGGCCCAGAAGCCCAUUCCAUUGGCUGGAUGUGGGGCCCAAAUGUUCUUCUUUCUCACACUUGGUGGUACUGACUGUUUCCUCUUGGCGAUCAUGUUCUAUGACCGCUAUGUGGCCAUCUGCCACCCGCUGCACUACACCCUCAUCAUGACCCGCCAGCUGUGCGUGCAGAUGCUGGGCGGGGCCACGGGCCUGGCCCUCUUCCUCUCCUUGCAGCUUACUGCCUUAAUCUUCACCCUGCCCUUCUACAGCCACCGCCGGGAAAUCAACCACUUCCUCUGCGAUGUGCCUCUGGUCCUGCGCCUGGCCUGCGCUGGCAUCUGUGUGCACCAGGCUGUCCUCUAUGUCGUGAGCAUCCUCGUGCUGACAGUCCCCUUUCUGCUUAUCUGCGUCUCCUACAUGUUCAUCACCUGCGCCAUCCUGAGCAUCCGUUCUGCCGAGGGCCGCCGCUGUGCCUUCUCCACCUGCUCCUCCCACCUCACCGUGGUCCUGCGGCAGUAUGGCUGCUGUGCCUUGGUAUACUUGCGUCCCCAGUCCAGCUCUUCUGUAGAGGAGGACUGCCAAUUUGCCCUUGUUUACACCUUUAUCACACCAUUACUCAACCCUUUGAUUUACACCCUUAGGAACAAGGAUGUCAAAGGUGCCCUGAAAAAAGUGAUCAGUACCAAAGGGACAUCUGAGUCCUGA